AAGCCCAAGGAGCAGGGCAAGCCCAAGGAGCAGGGAAAGCCCAAGGAGCAGGGAAAGACUAAGGAACAGGGCAAGCCCAAGGCGAAGAAGGCGCCCCAGCCCAAGCUCAAGCCAUGGGAGGCUCUUGGACCGGAUGGCAAGAAGCGUGAUUCCCCUGCCAUUUGCAAACAAGCCCACGAAGAAGAGUGCUUUCCUGUACUACAUGGGUAAGCGUCUGCCAGAACUCAAAGACCAAUUCCUCGCGCCCAGCGUCAAGGACCCGAGCAAGAAGGUGGUGGACAUCGGCAAGCUUGCUACCCAAGUUGGUAGCGAAUGGCGAAGUCUGAGCGAGAGCGAUAAGGAGCCAUACAACAAAAAAGCAGCGGCCGGCCUUAGCGAAUACGAACAGAAGCUAGCUGAGUGGAAGAAGCAGUUGAGCCCCGAGGACAUCCGUCGCCAAAACGCGUGGAUCAUGGCCCAAAGGCGCAAAGGCAAGAAGGGCACUGCUCUCUUGAGGGAUCAGCAAAAGCCCAAGAGGCCAUUGAGCGCGUUCUUCGAGUUCAUGAUGGAGUACAGGGCUCAGCAGGGCGGGGCCGGCUCGGUCGUCUCGGUCGCGAAAGAGGCCGGCGAGAAAUGGAAGGCGAUGAGCGCCGCGCAAAAGCAGCCAUACGAGCAAAAGUCUCAAGGAGCACAGGAGCAGUACAAGCGCGACCUCAAGACAUACCAGGAGGCGGCGUGAUCAACGCAUGAACGUCUUGGGGGGUUUGAUUGUUCACAUCUAUUAUCCUACAAGCGCAAUUGUACGUGCGACGUUUGCCAUGAAUGAAAACAUCUAUCUCUAAGGAGUUGGCAAUGUGAAUAAGGCACUUGGUAGGAGCCAGAAGCACCAC